AUGACGAACCGAGAUGAUGUAGAGUUCGACGAAUUUUGUAAUCCCAACAAUCCAAGGAUAAUAAAAUACGAUGAUAUAUUGGCUGCAUCAAGACGUAUAGCAGGAGCAGUCCUUAAAACUCCUUGCACGAGAGCUCAUAUGUCGGACAAACUAGGUAUGGAAGUAUACUUAAAACAAGAAUUCAUGCAACAUACUGGCUGUUUUAAGGAACGCGGUGUGCGAAACACCUUACUCCUACUAUCAGAAGAACAAAAAAAAAUUGGUGUGAUAACGGCGUCCACUGGCAAUCAUGGCUUGUCAAUGAGCUACCACAGCACUCAACUGGGGAUUCCCUGCAUCGUAGUAAUGCCGACGCGCGCUCCAAUAACUAAAUUUACUAAAUGUCAGUCAUUUGGCGCUAAGACACUCCUUCACGGUGAAAACCUGGCGGAAGCGAAAUAUUUUGCUAUGGCUAUUUCUAAAGAGAAGAAGUUAUAUUAUAUCAAUGGUUACGAUCAUCCAAACAUCAUUGAAGGACAGGGUACCACAGGAAUAGAGAUAAUAGAACAAGUUCCUGAUGUGGAUGCCGUUUUAGUACCUGUAGGCGGCGGCAGCCUUGUGUGCGGUAUUGCUAUUGCAGUAAAACAUUUAAAACCUGAUACCGAAGUUUAUGGUAUACAAACAGAAAAAACCUAUUGUAUGGUAGAGGCUUUAAAGAGAAAUGAACGAGUAAAAAUAGUUGUAGAGUCUACUAUCGCCGAUGGUCUUGCAGUUAGUUUGGCUGGAGUUAAUACAUUUCAUAAUUUAAAAGCUGGAAUUUUGGAUAAAAUGGUAAUUGUCAAAGAAGAUUGGGUAGCCCGCGCUAUCAUGCAUAUAGUAGAAGAUGAGAGAUACGUCGUGGAAGGCGCAGCGGCUGUUACCGUAGCGAGUAUAAUGGCUGGACUGUUUCCAAAUCUUAAGGGCAAAAAAGUAGUGUGCAUAAUAUCAGGGGGUAACAUAGACACGACGAUCCUAGCGCGCGCGUUAGAGCGUGGCAUGGCGGCGGAGGGGCGGCUGGUGAAGUUCAAAGUGACGGUGAGCGACCGACCCGGCGGCAUGGCGGAGCUGUGCGGGCUGCUCGCCGGCCUCGGCGUCACGGUGCGCGACUGCAUCCCGGAACGCGCCUGGGUCAAGGGCGACGUGUUCAGUGUCGAGAUGAAAGUUAUUGUAGAAACGAGGGGUUGGGAGCAUACCAAAGAAUUGAUCGAGAUGAUUAAGAAAAAAUAUAAAGACUGCUUCUUCGCAGAAAUGAGUGAACGUUCAGAAAAAGCUCCCGGAGCAAAGCGCGGACCUUGUUUGGCGCCAAAUCCAGUGUGUAUGCAGAAA